UCCUCUAUCCUACUCUAUCCGAUCGACAAAUGACUUCUACCUCUAAGACACUGCUUAUUUUCUGCGAUGGUUCCGGUGAAGACGGUACUCUGACGAACUGGAAUGGAUGGCCAAACUAUACAGCUCCUCAGACUGCCACGAAUGUUCUCCGCUUGUCGCGGGCAGUACGACAGUAUACUACUAGCGGAAGCAAUCGCAAGCAGCAGCUCGUCCUCUACAUGAGCGGCGUAGGUUCGGAAGCAGACUUCGAAGGCAAUCUGGUUGGGUCGAUUCAGUUGUUGACCGGUACUGCUGUUGCAAGCAAGAUUCGGGAUGCGUAUGCAUUCCUUGCCCAGAACUUUGAGGAGGGAGAUGAGAUAUGCCUUUUCGGCGCCUUUCACAGGGGAGCCUAUACGGUCAGGAAAUUGGCUGGUCUAAUUGACCGCAUUGGACUGCUGACAAGAGAGAACCUCGGAAACUUGUUCACGAUCUGGAGCCAACUCGUCAGACAUCAAACACCUACAAUUCCGGCUGACAUACGCAAGACUAGGAUCAAAUGCGUGGGUGUUUGGGAUACUGUCGGGGCCAUUCUUAAUACCGUGGACGCACUUGGCAUCAAGGAUACCAGUCUUCCGCCUACGGUCGACAUUGCGCUUCAUGCGGUGUCGUUGCAAGAUAACAGAGACAUGUUCCUACCCACCCUAUGGGAAACGCCGGCGGAUGGGAUGUUGAUAUCAUUUGCCACUGCAAUAUCAAUUUCAAAAACAACUAAUAUGAUGGCAAUCUUACAGGUGUGGUUCCCUGGCGCCCAUUCUGACGUUGGCGGGGGAUACAAAAAGCAGCACCUCUCUGAUCUGGCUUUGUUUUGGAUGGUGGGAGAGAUCAAGUCGUUCAUCGAGGUCGACACCGAUCUCAUCGCGAAAGGCAUGCAUCCGAGAGUCGAUCCAUGGGGAACGUCGCAGCCCCAUAAUGCAUACCGCCUGCUCAAUCCCAAAGCGAAGAGCAUGGUUCGCCCAAUGGCUCGCUUACAUGGUCCUCAUUGGCAGAUCAUCCGGGAUGGUGUAUUCCACGAGAGCCUUAAACAUGCACCUGCGGACCUCGAACAUCCAGAACAUAUGAUCACUCCAAAAUGUCUCAAGGAUCGCUUCGGUGAAUCGUGGGAGCCGAGUUAUGCUCCGCUCAAUGAAUUCGAGAGGCAUUGCAGGGAUAACUGGGAUCCUGCUAUCGAUGAAGCGAGUCCGACCGUUUCGUUUAAGGGCCUAUCUGAUCUAUUUGCUUCGGUAAGGUGAAAUCUCACUGGCCUUCUGGAACUGCUCAUCGCCAGUUGCUAUACAGUGGAAAUCAGAAGCUGUCGUUUCGAGUAUCAUUGCUCUUCGCUCGCUUGACGGAAAAUACAUGAAGGUCUCCACUGACGAAGGCAGCAUUGCAUUCCACGACCA